AUGUUCCGGUCCAAACGGGCCGGGCUGGUGCGGCGCCUGUGGAGGAGCCGGCUGCUGCUGGCCGAAGACGACGGCGACGGCGGGGAUGGCGGCGGCGGCGGCGAGGGGCCGGUGAGGAGCCGCCGCCGGCGAGAAGAAGGAGGCGCCGUCGAGCAGCAGGCGCAGCAGCGGGGCAUGGGGCGCGGCGGAGGCGGCGAGGGCGAGCCCGCCCAGGCGGCGCCGGCGGCCGAGGGCGCCUGCAAGGCCGCGGUGAGCUGCUGCCUCUUCCCCGACGGCGGCGCCGCCUCCUCCUCCUCCUCUCCUCCUGCGCUCCCGCGGCCCGAGCAGGAGCUCCAAGCCGGCACCUACGCGCUGCUCAAGCGCCUCAAGGAGCGCUCCCUCGACAGCCUCCUGGAAGCCGUCGAGUCCCGCGGGGGCCUGCCGGGGGGCUGCGUCCUGGUGCCCCGCGCCGAGGCCCGCCUGCCCGCCCCUCCCCACCUCUUGCUGGGCAAGCUCUUCCGCUGGCCCGACCUCCGGCACCCGGCCCAGCUCAAGCCCCUCUGCCAGUGCCGCAGCUUCGGCCUCCUGCCCGACGCGCCCACCAUGUGCUGCAACCCCUACCACUUCAGCCGCCUCUGCGGCCCAGAAUCUCCACCCCCUCCGUAUUCUCGGCUGUCUCCGAACGACGAACAAAAGCCGCUGGAUCUUUCCGAUUCCACGUUGUCCUACACUGAAACAGAGGCGACGAACUCUCCUUGCAUCACACCCGGAGAAUUCUCAGACGGCAGCCUAUCGCCGGACGCGAUUCAGAGAAGCCACUGGUGCAGCGUCGCUUACUGGGAGCACCGGACUCGCGUGGGGCGCCUCUAUCCCGUGUACGAACAAUCUGUCAGUAUCUUUUAUGACCUACCUCAAGGGAACGGCUUCUGCCUGGGACAGCUAAACCUGGAUAACAGGAGCGAGACUGUCCGGAGGACUCGAAGUAAGAUCGGCUACGGGAUCUUGCUCAGCAAAGAACCGGAUGGCGUGUGGGCGUACAACCGCAGCGAGCACCCGAUCUUCAUCAACUCCCCGACGCUGGACAUUCCCAACUGUCGGACACUGAUGGUGCGCAAAGUGAUGCCAGGUUACUCGAUCAAGGUCUUUGACUACGAGAAGUCUUGCCUCUUGCAGCACUCCACUGACCUGGAAUACCCAGACGGGCCUUACGACCCGAACAGCGUCCGGAUUAGUUUUGCCAAGGGCUGGGGGCCCAGCUACUCUAGACAGUUCAUCACCUCUUGCCCAUGUUGGCUGGAAAUUUUGCUCCGGAACAACAGAUAGCGGUGGGCCUCGGAGGGAGGAGCACCGCCGCCCCAUACGAGACAGUCCCCCAAAUUAUCAUCUACCUAGAUUUAAUAUAAAAGUUUUAUAUAUUAUAUGAAAUAUAUAUAUAUAUUAUACUUGUAAUUAUGGAGUCAUUUUUACAAUGUAAUUAUUUAUGUACGGUGCAAUUCUAUAUAUGGACAAAAAAAGAAAAAAAAUGCACUUUGGCUUAUAAGUCUUUCAAUACA